AUGCGGUCCUCUACAGUGUUCUCCAUCGUCCUUGCGGCAGCCGUCUCACCGGCUUCGGCCGCUCUCAAGUGGCUGGGCGUGAGCGAGUCUGUUGCCGAGUUUGGCACCGCCAUCCCAGGAACAUGGGGCGUCGACUUCUACUUCCCGUCUACUACCACCAUCGAUACUCUGAUUAGCGAGGGCUUCAACAUCUUCCGCCUCCCAUUCUUGAUGGAGCGCAUGGCCCAGGGCAGCGUCACGGCCUCGUUGAACGCCGGCUAUCUCAACAACCUGACCGCCGUCGUAAACCACAUUACCCAAAAGGGAAAAUAUGCCGUCCUCGACGCCCACAACUAUGGCAGGUAUAAUGGAGCAGUCAUCACCGACACGUCUGCUUUCGGAACAUUCUGGAAGAACCUUGCUACCCCUUUCAAGAGCAACGCCAAUGUUAUCUUCGACAUCAACAACGAGUACCACGACAUGGACCAGACACUGGUCCUGAACCUGAACCAAGCCGCCAUAAACGCCAUUCGCGGAGCCGGCGCAACCUCGCAAUACAUCUUCGCAGAGGGUAACUCCUGGACGGGGGCCUGGACCUGGAACACGACAAACAGCAACCUGGCCGGCCUCAAGGACCCCAACAACAAGCUGGUCUACGAGAUGCACCAGUACCUCAACUCGGACGGCUCCGGCAGCACAGACGAGUGCACCACCGCCACGAUCGGCGUCGACCGCGUCAUCGGCGCCACCAACUGGCUGAAGGCCAACGGCAAGCUGGGUGUGCUGGGCGAGUUCGCGGGGGGAGCCAACACCCAGUGCAUGUCUGCCGUCAAGGGCCUGCUCGACCACCUCUCGGCCAACUCGGACGUCUGGCAGGGUGCCCUGUGGUGGGCUGCAGGGCCUUGGUGGCCCGCGAGCACAUAUUCGAGCUUUGAGCCUCCCAGUGGUACCGCAUAUAAGUACUACGACUCACUGCUGAAGCAGUAUGUCCCCAAAUAA